CUGGGAUGUAGUACUAAAGCAUGCCUGAAAAAGCUCAAGUAUGAGGGAGCAUCUCUUUACUGCCACAAUUGUAAAGAUGUCAAACAGACUGGUAUUUGGCGGUACAUGCUAAAGUUAAUGGUGAAGCAUGGCAAGCAUUUUGCAGAGGUAGUUAUUUGGGAUGAUGUUUCGAAUAAGCUAAUUGGCAAACCAGCAGAUGAUCUAAGUGACAGCCUUAACAUGGAGACUCUAUCGCCCUCUGAUGUUCAUAAUGAUGUUUUGGAUUUGAUUGGCCGGGAAUUCAUCUUCAAGGUAGGGAAUCGCAAGGUCAAUACCCUUACAAAUCAGAAGGAGUAUACAAUAGCUGCGUUUUCUGAAAAUGCAGACAAAAUUAAAGAGCUGAAGGAUGCUGUUCAAGAGGAAGUUGUUGAGGUGUAUGAUUCAGACUCCGAUCUCGAGAAACUGUGGAAUGAAGAUGCAAAUGUGCCAUCAAACUUGACAACAUCCUCAACAGAGAUGGAAUCUAAUCAAACCUUGAGUCUGUUAUAUCGAAAAGGCAUGCAAAUGAAGAAAGCAGUGAAUAUGAUGGAGGGGAGGAGAGAUCUGCAAAGAAAUUAAAGGGUGUCAAGAUUGAAAUUUGACUCCGUCUACAUUGAUCAAUUUAUUUAUCUUUGAUAUUUAAUUUUUAUAUGCUUCGAUACACUUAGAUGUUUGGGAUUUGCGCUGUUGCGUGAUUUUGGUUAUUAUGCCGCUUUGAACAAUUAGAUACCAUGAUACUCUGAGUAUUAUUUCAAUAUUAUGUCAUUUAGGUGUCA